AUGGCAGUAGAUGACCAAGGUGGUCGAAUCGACAAACAGCCCCUCCUGAUAUCAACCGGCGUCUUCUUCGCUCUCGCCAUCGUCGGAGUCAUCGUGCGUUGUGUGCUCAGGUUUCGUGUGCAGAAACAGAAGUUCCAACUCGACGAUGGAGUACUUCUAUUGGCCACUGCCUUUCUCGUGGCAAGCACGGUGGCCAUGUAUGACAAAACAGUCUACAUAAUGUACCUGGUGGAGGCCAUUGCGCUCGGCCGUAUGGAGGUCCCUGCGAACAUGAUAGAGUUGUCGGAUGAGGACCACAAAUGGACAAUGACCACGCUGAUGCUCAUCUGGUGCGCAAUAUGUGCCGUCAAGUUCUUUUUCCUGGUGUUCUUUCGGAAAUUGAUCGAUCGCCUACGGGUCUGGCAAAUCUACUGGUGGUUUGCUUGCUUGUUCAACCUCGGGCUUUGGGUUUUUGGAGUCGUCGCUUUCUGGGCAACCUGUCCCCAUCUGGGUGCGGCAGCAAUGGAGUGCAACACGCCAAAAUAUCUCGGCAGGCUUACUGCAUACACCGCGUCAAAGGUAGCCGUGGAUAUUGUAUCAGACAUUUUAAUCCUCGCAAUCCCAGUCGCCGUCAUCUGGAAGGUCCGCGUGGACUGGACCCAGAAACUGGCCCUAGCAGGCUCCCUCUGUAUUGACGUCGUCCAAGUCGGCCUGUCCAUCGCCCGAGCCGCCGGUCUGGAGCACGACGGCCGCGCCGAUGGCAUCUUCGAGAUGUACACGCUUUUCAUCAGCGCUGCGUUAGGUGUCUUCCUUGCGGCCGCUACUGCCUUCCGACCGUUCAUCAUGGCCAAGAAGCGCAGCAAGGCCUACACCCCGCCCUACAGCCGAUGGCCGAACAGCAUCUCAAACAAGCGAAAGGCAGGCUCGGACCGUAGCCGAGGGAGUGGUUGGUCCGGACAAACACCUACCCCUACUGCAGGCGACUUCCAGCGGUUGGCCCCGGACGGCAAGGAUUCUGAUAGUCGCCGGGAGGACCUGGAGUGGCAUGCCAUGUCGAGCACGAACUCCAGUGCAACGCACUGUGCGGAGGGGGCGUGCGACUACAACAUGGCUGAUGAUUCUGCGGAGGUGACGGUGGUGCAACCAGUCAGCGUGCUCAAGCACACGGUUUGA